AAAAUGUGUACUGCUUAUGAUCGCAGGGGGAGACUCGUACUGGGAGACGCUGGAGCCGGACUGGGAGACGCUGGGAUCCAAAUGUAGAAGGUUCUGGAGCAUUUCCUCUAGAGACAGAGGUUAUAGGAUGUUGCCGGCUGUGAUUCUGGACUUUCCUACCUGAAGGGUCCCAACAAACCCACCUGCGUCGGAGGAUCGUGCGUCCGCAUCAUGCUUCUCCUGUGCCGGAGCAAGACCAAGCUGCUGGUGGCCACCUUGACGCUGCUCUCCUUUGUGACCUUGGUGUUCCUUCUCGCGGGCGACGCAGAAUAUGGACAGUCUCCGAAGCCCAUAGGCCCGCACUUCCUGCCCAGAUCCUCCUCUCAUCAGGAGCUGGAGGUCCAUCUGCGGGAAGCCGUGGAGGAGAACAGGAGGCUGCGUCUCCAACUGGCAGAGCUCUGGAACGAGGAUGCGAGAGAUGAAAGGGAAACCCCAAAAGACAACGGAACCCGCUGUGAGCAGAGGAGUUUGACGGAGAAGUGCGAGCUGAUCCAUGUUGCGAUCGUCUGUGCCGGACAUAACAGUAGCAGAGACGUGGUGACCCUGGUGAAAUCCAUACUCUUUCACAGGAGAAACCCGCUGCAUCUCCACCUGAUCGCCGACGCCGUGGCUUUGAAUGUUCUGGGAAACCUUUUUAAGACGUGGAUGGUGCCGUCCUUGAAGAUCAGCUUCUAUAACGCCAGCGCACUUAAACCAGAGGUUUCUUGGAUCCCCAACAAACACUACUCAGGAAUUUAUGGGUUAAUGAAGCUGACCCUCACUAAAGCGCUACCGUCUGACCUCUCCAAGGUCAUUGUGCUGGACACUGACAUUACCUUCGCUACCGACAUUGCUGAGCUGUGGGCCAUCUUCCGAAAAUUCACAGGCGACCAGGUUCUCGGUUUGGUGGAGAAUCAGAGCGACUGGUAUUUGGGCAACCUCUGGAAGAACCACAAACCAUGGCCAGCCCUGGGUCGUGGUUUUAAUACAGGGGUCAUCCUACUGCUCCUUGACAGGCUGCGUCUGAUUGGCUGGGAGGAGAUGUGGCGUCUGACAGCUGAGCGAGAACUGAUGAACAUGUUGAGUACCUCCUUAGCUGACCAGGACAUAUUUAAUGCGGUUAUAAAGAGCUCCCCCACCCUGGUGUAUCAGCUCCCCUGCUACUGGAACGUUCAGUUGUCCGACCACACGCGGUCCGAGCAAUGUUACAGCGAGCUGGCCGAUCUCAAGGUGAUCCACUGGAAUUCUCCCCACAAACUGCGGGUCAAAAACAAACACGUCGAGCUUUUCCGAACCCUGUACCUGACCUUUUUAGAGUACGACGGGAGCCUCCUACGUAGGGAGCUGAUUGGCUGUCCGACUGAUGCUGUACAGCAAGAUGAGGCAGCUUUGGCGCAAUUAAACGAGGAAGACCCCUGCUAUGACUUCCGUCGGGAAAGCGUGGCGUCUCACCGCGUUCACCUCUCCUUCCUCCCCCACCAGACAACACCGGCAGAUGCCUAUGAUGUCACGCUGGUGGCCCAGCUGUCUAUGGAUAGACUGCAGAUGCUGGAGCUGAUCUGCCGGCACUGGGAAGGUCCCAUGAGUUUGGCUCUAUACCUGUCCGACGCCGAGGCGCAGCAGUUCCUGCGCUACGCUCAAGCCUCAGAGGUGCUGCAGUCCCGGACCAACAUCGGUUAUCACGUAGUGUACAAGGAGGGCCAGCUUUACCCGGUCAACCUCUUGAGAAACGUGGCGCUGAAGAACGCGCAGACCCCCUACGUCUUUUUGUCAGACAUAGACUUCCUGCCCAUGUAUGGCCUUUAUGAGUACCUGAGGAAAUCCAUAGCGGAGCAGGAUACGGGCAACGCUCAAAAGGCGCUUAUAGUUCCUGCCUUUGAAACCCUACGUUACCGUUUAUCUUUUCCAAAAUCUAAAGCGGAGCUGCUGUCCAUGCUUGAUAUGGGGGCGCUCUACACCUUCAGGUAUCACGUGUGGGAGAAAGGACACGCGCCCACCAACUAUGCAAAGUGGAGGACAGCGACGACUCCCUACCGCGUAGACUGGGCUCCAGACUUUGAACCGUACGUGGUGGUCAGCCGGGAUUGUCCGCAAUACGACCAGCGGUUCCUAGGCUUCGGCUGGAACAAAGUAUCCCAUAUCAUGGAGCUGGAUGCAAAGGAAUACGAACUCGUGGUUCUGCCCAACGCGUUUAUCAUCCACAUGCCUCACGCCCCCAGCUUUGACAUCUCGAAGUUUCGAUCGAGCGAAAACUACCGUCUGUGCGUCCAGACCCUUAAAGAGGAGUUCCACCAAGACCUGUCCCGACGCUACGGAUCCGCGGCCUUGAAAUACCUCGCGGCGGAACGAAGCAGGUGACCUCAGACCGAUGAAGCCGAUCGUUCCGUACCCCGAGAGAG